UGGUUUGAAUAUCUUUUCAACUUCAACCUGGUUUGAACAAAGAUCCUCCUGGUGUGAAUAAGAUUGAUGCUACUCUCCAUAACCAUAAUUUCGUUUGAUUUUAUUUCAUUGGGAUUUGGGAACUUGUGAUAAGUGAUAACAUUUUAACAGUUCGAUAUGGGUGACCGUGGUGGAAUGUAUGCAGAUUAUUCCCAACCACCGCCAACAGCAUAUCCCAAUAAUUAUGGCUCUUCUUCGGGUGAAGCUAACGUUGGGUCUGGGGGCUAUGGGGGUCAAAGUGCUUCUCAAGGGGGUGGAGGACAAUGGGGUCAAGCAUCUCGCCAAAAUUAUGGCUCUAUGCAGGGUUCCAAUUACAAUCAAGGUGGGAGUGGUUACAGCUCCGGAGGUUACGGAGGAGGCGGAAAUUAUAAUGGUGGAGGUGGAUCCAGUUACGGAGGAGGUGGAUAUGGCGGAGGUGGUCGUGAUAGAGGAGGUGUAAGGGACCGUGAUUCUUUUGGAGGCGGCAACAGGGGUGGUUUUAAUAAAGAUGGAUCUAAUUUGGUGAUACAAGUGGAUACAGUUUUUGUGUCUGGAAUGAAUCCCGAAUGUACAGAGGAUGACAUUGCUCAACAUUUUGGAUCAAUUGGUGUCAUCAAGAUGGAUAAGAGAACUCAAAGAAAAAAAAUUUGGUUGUACAAAGAUAAGAACACUGGCUUGUCAAAAGGGGAAGCGACGGUUACAUAUGACGAUGCAGAUGCCGCACAGUCUGCUAUCAAUUGGUUCGAUGGUAAAGACUUUCAGGGAAACACCAUCAAAGUCCAAUUGGCCACUAAAAAAGAUAAUUGGAGUGCCGGUCGCGGAGGCGGCGGUGGUGGUGGAGGUGGUGGCAGAGGGGGUCCUGGUGGACCCAGAGGAGGAGGUGGUGGCGGCGGGAGUCGUGGAGGCAGUGGUGGUUUUGGAGGGUCUCGAGGAGGCCGUGAUGGAGACUUUGGUGGUCGCGACCGAGAAAGUAGAGAAGGCGAUUGGAAAUGCCCUAAUCCAGAGUGCAAUAACACUAAUUUCGCUUGGCGUAAUCAAUGCAAUCGCUGCAACGAGCCUAAACCUGAAAGCGCUAGUGGUGGUGGUUGUGGCGGCGAUAGACGUGGUGGGGGAAGAGACAGGGAUGGAGGCAUGAGAGAUGGCGGACGGCGGGGCGGUGGCGGAUUCCGUGGAGGAGAUAGAGGUGGUAGACCAGGAGGUGGAGGAGGCUUCGGUGGUGGUCGAGGCGGCCGGGGUGGAGGCGGCUUUGGUGGAGGCCGCGGUGCUGGCAGGGAUCGUGGAGGUGGUGGUCCCAUGGGUGGAGGUAGUAGAGAUGGGGGAAGAUCUCGACCCUACUAAAUUGAUGUAUGUAUAUUCAACUGGUUAGAUAUGAAAACCAGCUGGCAUUUAAUUUGUAAGUGUACAUAUAUCAUAUUUUAGUUUUUACGAAAUUGACUUUAAUGAUAAUAAUAGUAUUUUUUGUGGUGUAUUCAAAGCAUGUAGCGAAAUAAUUUUGAAACUUUUUUGAUCAAUGAAUAAAAUAUGAUUUAUA